GCACGAGUACGAGUGCGAAUACACAGGUCAGUAUGCACAAUGCACAUGCAUGUACCGUAUGCUAAUUAUCUUCUUCGAGAGGAAAGAUACCUGAAGUACUCAGACCUGCUGGUAAAUAGCAGUACGAGUUCGAUUCGAUAGCGAGUAMGAGUACUGCAUCGUASGUACUCUUACUCGUAUGAGUUCUUUUUGAUUGGCGAUCUUUUUUGAUGUUGUUCUUUUUUUUGACACCACCGGUGAAAAACUUACCGUCUUCGAUUGUUCUGCUUUUGACACGAUGGUUCCGUCGGAUUUUUCAAACGUGAACCUUCUGAACAAUUAUUUUUCGACUCGUUCGACUUCKGGAAGAACGGACGGACGAGAAGUCGGAAUCUGGUUGAUGGCUUCCCACGAUGAUGUGUUGUGAACGACAGCAAAUCUUACGCUAGUUAUGUUGCUGUGUCUGCAGCUGUGCAUGGUACGUACACCAUGCCGUAGUGUUGMACGACAACUCCAGGUUGUGAGUCACUSUUUUUUUUUUGAUGACAUCCGAUUCGAUACCUUGCUCUAUCGUAGCACGACACCGUAGCGGACAGUACAGUACGUACGUUGGUGUUCGGACGAAUGAAGAGCAGAUKGGAUAGCUAAAAAUGGAUAAUAGCAUUCGAUUUCUUGUGCACUUGCGACUUCCUGAAGACCAACCUUUCCGACAGACCAUCCUAUCCCGUAUAUUAUCGUAUCAAACCCCAGCACCAUGAAGUUUUCCUCMACGACUCUCCUUUGUGCUCUUUCGGUAGCGCCAGUAGCUGCCUUCACCAAUCCCUCCACAUGGWCUACCACCUGCCCAGCGACGACGACGAAAACAUCACUCGAGGCCGAACGCAACAGCGGUAUUCACAAUGCCUUUUCGACCUUUUGUGCAACGGCUGCCAUGASCGCCUUCCUGUGGGGAUCUCCCGCRAUGAUCGCAGACCAGGCCACUUCUCACCAAUUGCCCUUUGGCCUUAGCGAAACAGUCCAGCAACAYUUUGUAGCAGGUGCGAAGGACAAGGCUUCCGCCACCGGAAGCCGUGUCAACAAGGACGCGGAAUCUUUGUUGCGACUGGGAUUGCCGAUCAAUAGCAAGGAGGUAGGUGUGCAUUCUUUUCUAUUGGCGAAGAAGGCCGAAUAAUAGCUACAGGUGUUCUGAUGUGUCAUUUGAGCAACAGUCAAAUGGGUGACUAAAUUUUCGUAUUUCACCUAYUUCAUUUUUGGCUUUGGUGCCUCAACACCGGAUUUUUUUAUGUGCUUCCACACACUAACUACAACAGGUCCGAGAGCUGCAAACAAGCCUCGAGGGUAUCAAGCAGGACAUCGGAUCYAAGCGAAAGGGUGCGGCGGCCGAUGGRGCUAAGAAAGUUUCUUCGAUUCUAGCCAGCAAGAAGGCCGACAAAAUGGCGGCCGUUUGCAGGGACGGAAAUUUUUGCAAGGAAACCAUGAAACAAAUCGACGAUUUGAUGGAUCCACUCGAAAAGGCCAUCAAGGCCAGCCAGGACGCGUUCACCGGAUCGCUGGAGGAACGGGACGCUCUGGACAAGGCCUACAACGCACAAGURAAGGCCGCCAAGCUGCUGACGGAGCUUGAGGAACAAAUGGUCCCCAAGGGUUACAAAACMGAGGUGCCCGAGCAAUAUUCGGACCUUCCGCAGCUUCAACAGCGGGCGACGGUGGAGAUGGUGAUUAARAAGGGCGAGUCCGGUGCCCAAUUCGAUAUCAAUGGAGUCAAUUUCCCCGAGGCUAGAAUGAAGAUGGUUAUCGACGGUUACACAUGUACGCUACAAAGAGUUGUUGGAUACAAAUAUUGAUUUUUUCUUUUUUGAAAAGAUGUCUCUCACACGCACUUGUUUCUUGACGYAAYCCUUUAAUACUUGAACAGCCCCRGUGACUGGCGGAAACUUCGUCGAUCUUGUCAACAAGGGAUUUUACGACAAYAUGCCAAUUCAGCGAUCGGAUGGGUUCGUGGUACAAACUGGUGAACCCGCUGGGGAAGCUGUCGGUUACACGGGGGGCAAGCCCAGUAAAUCAAUCGGGCAAGGGCCCAAGGGGGAGCGAUUGAUCCCCUGCGAAAUCUCCAUCGUCGGAGACAAGACUCCACUUUACGAGACCACCAUCGAGGACGAGGGACGAGGUGGCGAGGCCACAAUUUUGCCGUUUUCGGCUUACGGUGCAAUGGGCUGGGCUCGAGACGAAUACGAUCCCAAUUCAGGAAGCUCUCAGUUMUUUUGGUUGCUCUUCGAUUCUGAUCUUACUCCUGCGGGAAAGAAUGUAUUAGACGGUCGGUAUCCAUGCUUCGGUUAUGUAGUAGAAGGAGCAGAUUUCUUACAAGACGUYAAGGAAGGCGACGUGAUUGUAUCCGCAAAGGUCACUGAAGGCUUAAAGUAUCUGAAAGAUCCCAACUAAAAUAUGUGACGUUUCGUAAUAGCAUAAAAAGAUGGGAAUGAUCGUGUUCCCGCGAACCUUAUUCAGUUCAAAAUACUUCGCUGUUUUCUGCUGUGUUGGUAUCUCCUGCCAAGCAAGGCCCGUUUCCCCCAGCAGUCGGUUAUAUGGGAGCCAUGUCCCCCCAAUAGAUGGCUAAGACAUAUCUGCGCGUUGGAAGCAUGAUGCAGUUGGCCUACUACUGCUAGAUAUAAGCUGCUGAUUUUGUCACCAUGAUGGAACUUCAGGAUCAUUCCUGUAUCAAAAAUAAUAUAAUUAUUCUUCACUA